AGUAGAGCAAAUCAGUGGGCGCGUUUUAUGAACGUCCAAGCUUCGCCUCGUGUUGUCGUUCCAGCCGCAGGCAUAUUCUUCUUUCCCCGUCUGUCUUCUGUAUCAUCGAGUUCAAAAAUGACUGGAUAAACGGAGAAACUCAACAACAUGUGGCUAAUGUUAUUGUUCGUCCUGAACGCGAACACACACACAAACGCUCUGCAGGUGAUUGGAGGAAACAGGACUGUGGUACAAGGACGUACAGUUACAUUCAACUGCGAACUUGUUGACACCACAGAGAUUGUCACCAAGAUUUCAUGGCAGAGGACGACCAGAGUUAAAAAAAAUAAUCAUAUCUUCGCUGUUUGGAAAACAAGUGAACCAGAGUAUUUAAGUGGACGUGAUGAUCGAAUUAAGUUUAUUGGGAACUUCUAUGAGCUUAAUGGAGCUUUUCAGAUCUCCAAUGUCUCAUUGCAGGAUGAAGGCAUCUACACUUGCACCUUCACUUUGUUCCCCAGCGGAACUCCAAUCACACAUAUACAUCUGGAUGUGCUCGUGCCUCCUGUCAUAUGGGUGAAGGAUAACCUUCCCACUUUUGCUGAUAAGGAAGUUUGCAUUGCAAACUGCACGGCUGCUGGUUCCAAGCCUCCGGCAAACGUGAGCUGUCUCACAGGUAACUUAGCAGACAACUUGAGGUCAUCAGCCAACUCCACGCAUCAUGAUGAUGGCAAGACUACCACAGUCAGCUACCUGUUUGGAGUACCUACCAUGGAUAUCAACCAACAGGUGGUCCACUGUGUCGUCACCAGUCCAGCCCUGUCGAAGGAGGCAAAGAUUCCCUUUACUAUACAAGUUUACUUUGCGCCUAUGGAAGUGAAAAUUGUUGAAAAUCUCAAAGAAGACUCAUUUCAAUGUGAGACUGAUGCCAACCCCAAAGCAGAAUUUAACUGGACCAGAGUUGGCAAAGCGUGGCCUCAGUCUGGUGUCAGAGUAGAGGGUGGAACACUGCAGUUUCUGACCAGGAGCUCUGACCUGAAUGGCCUCUACCAGUGUACUGCGUUUAACCCACAUGGAAGAAGCAUUGUUUACAUCUUUAGAUCUGUGAUUGCAGAAUCCUACAUUGUUUGUUGGAUCUUAUUUGCUCUUCUGAUCGUCCUUAUCGUAGCAGCAGCAGCGUGGCAUCUUUAUAAAUCUGACAAACUACCAUUUUUAGGUUCAAGGAGAGUCCCUGUCACAUGCAGGGAGACUGAGAUGAUAAAUCCUGAGGAGACGGCUUUUAAUGAAGACCUUCGAGAAGCAGGAUAAACGGGAGCAUGACACCACCUCUGCUACACAGAUGUUUGUCGAGUGAACUGGUGCAACUCCUCAGGUGCAUCAGUUAAACCCCUGCUUUUCAAUGUGGGGGUCCAGACCCCCAGGGGAUGCCAAGGGAGUCGCGGAAACUAUCAGGGAAAUGUAGCAAUAAACAUAGAAUUAUUAUGAUUAAAUUAAAUAUGUUUUUCAGAUAUUAUUAAUCAUUGCAUAUCGAAAUCUGUGUCCCAGGAUGCCAAUAUUUUUAUUUAAAAAAAACACACCGUUCAAACCAAUCAGAAUCGAGCAUCCUCUGCAUCAGAAAGUUGCUGUCUGCCUAAAAAUAGCCAGCUACCUCCUGCUAAAGACAAAAUGCACACAUAAAAAAAAAAGACCAUCAGACAACCAGACUUAAGUUGACUCCGCUGCAAAACUGCCACAACCACCGAAUGCCACCUUGGCAUCUAAAACACGGAGGUAUGAAAUCUCUUCUUCCAUUUGCCUCCAUGAGUCUGGCUUUUAUGUAUACACACACACUCCAGUUUUUAUAUAUAUAUAUGUGUGCUUAUGGUUGAUAUUACUGUACAGAAAGGACAAGAUAUGUUUUAAAUAUAAAAGUUAUUAAUAAAAAUGAGGGAAAUAUAUUAAGAAGUUGUAUCUUUGAUAUUUGCCAUCAUGUCGCACGUAAUUUUAAAUUAGUUUGCAACUGGGGGUCCCGGCCAGAGGCUUAUGCUAUAUGGGGGUCCUAAGCAUGGAAAAGUUUGGGAACCCCUGAGUCCAAGGGAUAGUUGACCCAAAACUUUAAAUUAACUCCCUCGAUAGAGGGGUGAGUGAAUUGUUCACAAACAUUUUUGGAGUGCAAGUAGUUUGUAGAGGACCAUGCAGCACGUUCACAUAUUGUUACGACCCUGGGUGUCUAUAUGUGCUACUGUCUAUAUAUGUUACUGUUCUGUUCCUCCUCCUAGUGUGUGAGCAGUCUUCUUGAGUGAGUGUGUGUGUGUGGGUGCCUGAUUGCUAGCAGGUUGGACCUGCUGAUUGGCGUGAUCCGCCUGAUUGAUGCUCCAGGAUUGGCCAGGGUGAAGAGAGGAGCCUACUUGAGCCACUGACUGACCGGCAGUCUUCCUCUCUCCACCAAUUCUCCCAGAUCCAACUGGGACCAGUGUCUGAAUUAUUGCUGUGUCUCGUAUGUAUGAAAUUAGAAAAACUGUGUGUGGUAGCCCUGUAGGAGGGAGAAGCCAUUUUCUUUUACCCUUUUUUUCUCCUGUGUUUGAAAAAGAAGAGUUAGGUAAGCUUUUGUCUUUUUGUUAACAUUUUUGGUUUGUAAAGGGAAGGUAGGGAAAUAGAUUGUUUUGUUUGUUGUUUUGGCCUGUUCUCCCUCUGAAGUGUAAUUAAAGCUACCCGUAAACUAAAAUACCUUGUGACACUGGCCUGCUUGGGAGUGGGAGAAUGGGAGACGCACCACAUGUUAUGUCUCUGGGUUCCCCUAGACCAGGGUCGAACAAUAUACACACAGAACUAAGACACACCAGAAAUAUCUGAGGAGCAAGCAAAUUAAUAUUGUAUAUCUAUACGUACACUCUAGUUAUUUUGUUUAUUUUUUCCUUGACACAUCUGAUAUGAUAAGAAACUGAGUUAUAUGCUUAUAUGGUAUCAAAAAACUAAAUCUAUAUGGAAACAGACUCUAACCUGGUUCUGCAUGUAAACAAACUGACUGAGAAAUUUGAAGAGGAAUCUUUAAAACAUAAAGUGAUAAAAGUAUUAAAUACACAAGUUUAAGCUAUAAAACAAACAUACAAUUAUAGGUAAAAUAACCGAAUACAAAAGUGAAAACAAGAGACAUCAAAAAUAAGUGCAACAGAAUAAUUAUGUGUUUAUAAUUAUAAUGCUUGUCUUGACUAGAACUCAACUGAAGCUGAGUGAGAGUAUUGUAUUUACCUCAAGUGGUUACGUAUUUCACUGGAUAUUUUUUGGAUUUGUCAGGACAAGGCAGUGUGGAACAAGCUUUCAAUAUGUUUCCAAUCAAUCUGUUUCUUGUUCGAGUACCUCAACUGAAGUGAGACUGAAGUCAACAGUGAUGUUCUGUGUUUCAUCGAUUCAAAGAAGAGAAAAAAGGAUGAGAUGAAGUCUUUUCAAUUCUGCUGAAUGAUCUGAGAAAGAAAUGCAACACCAGCUCAAAAGGCACCAACGCAUGUUAGCUGGG